AUGCCAUUCUCACCAUCAUUAAAUCCAGAUAGACAGAAAAGUAAUAGCAUAGGACCAAGAAAUAGUGCUGAUUCAUUCGACUUACAAUUUGAAGACUCAUUUGAUGCAGUAUUGGAUAACAUAGAACUUAAUACAGAUACAAGAAAUCAGAACAACACUUUACCCAACAAUCAAAACAUAAAUAAAGCUUCAUCAGAAAAUAAGGAUAAGUUACAAGAAAGUUUCGAAAUGAAAUCCUUGAAUGCAAGGAAUGGGGGACUUGGGCACUCUCGUAAUAGCUCCAAUGGAGACAGACAACCAUUAAUGCAUGAUAGUGCUUCAAAUCCUGACGGAAGUCCGUACAAAUAUACCAACGUUUCGGAAUCGGCACUUAAUCUUCAUAGUAAUAACAGAUUUAGUAAUUGGAUUACAAAGCUAAAAAUGGUUGGAGCUCAAAAAUGGAAGAAAUUUCAUACAAUGGGAUCAGUUGAAUUAGAUGAUCGACAUAUGGAAAGAGAAAUACACCCUAGUACAACACCAGUCUAUGAUAGAAAUAGAUACCCUGGUAAUGAAAUCUCUAACGCAAAAUACAAUGCCUUUACUUUUAUCCCAACGUUAUUAUACGAACAAUUUAAAUUUUUCUACAACUUGUAUUUUCUGGUGGUUGCCUUAUCCCAAGCAAUCCCUGCAUUAAGAAUCGGGUAUCUAUCAUCAUACGUGGUUCCAUUAGCAUUUGUCCUUACCGUUACGAUGAGUAAGGAAGCUAUGGAUGAUAUUCAAAGAAGAAGACGUGAUAACGAGUCAAAUAGUGAACUUUAUCACGUAUUAAACCAAUCCAAAUUGGUCCCUAGUAAAGAUUUGAAAGUUGGUGAUUUAAUAAAAAUUAGCAAAGGUGAUAGACUGCCAGCUGAUUUAGUUUUAUUACAGUCAAGUGAACCAUCGGGUGAAACAUUUAUAAAGACUGAUCAAUUAGAUGGUGAAACUGAUUGGAAAUUGAGAAUAGCACCAGCCCUUACUCAAAAUUUAACUGAACCUGAUUUAAUGAAUAAAGUGAGUAUUACUGCAUCGGCCCCAGAAAAGGCAAUUCAUAAUUUUUUGGGGAAAGUGACCUAUAAGGAUACAUCUUCGAAUCCCUUAAGUAUUGAUAACACAUUAUGGGCUAAUACUGUUUUAGCAUCCACUGGGUUUUGUAUUGGUUGCGUUGUGUAUACAGGAAGAGAUACGAGACAGGCAAUGAAUACAACAACAGCCACUGUGAAAACUGGUUUAUUGGAAUUAGAAAUUAAUAGCAUUUCAAAGAUUUUAUGUGCAUCUGUUUUCGCAUUGUCCAUCAUAUUGGUCGUCUUUGCAGGUUUCCAUAAUUCAGAUUGGUAUUUGGAUGUAAUGAGAUAUCUAAUUCUAUUUUCAACGAUCAUUCCUGUUUCUUUGAGAGUUAACCUUGACUUGGCAAAAUCUGUUUACGCACACCAGAUUGAACAUGAUGAUACAAUUCCAGAGACUAUUGUAAGAACGAGUACAAUCCCAGAGGAUUUAGGACGUAUCGAAUAUUUAUUAAGUGAUAAGACUGGAACUUUGACCCAAAAUGACAUGCAAUUGAAGAAAAUCCAUUUAGGAACCGUUUCUUACACCUCCGAGACCUUAGACAUAGUCUCAGAUUAUGUAGACGCACUAGUGAAUUCUUCAAAUUCAGCUAAUCCUUCAGGUAAAUCAGUUCCUUCGACAUCCAGAAAGGAUUUAAGUGCGCGUGUCCGUGACAUGGUCGUUACAUUGGCUAUAUGUCAUAACGUUACACCUACUUUUGAAGAUGAUGAAUUAACUUAUCAAGCAGCUUCACCAGAUGAGAUUGCUAUUGUUAAAUUUACCGAGUCUGUGGGAUUAUCUUUAUUUAAGAGGGAUAGACAUUCAAUCUCCUUGUUACAUGGUCAUUCUGGAUCUAUUCUAACCUAUGAAAUUUUGCAGGUUUUCCCCUUCAAUUCAGAUAGUAAACGUAUGGGUAUUAUUGUUCAUGAUGAACAGAAAGAUGAAUAUUGGUUUAUGCAAAAAGGUGCUGACACGGUUAUGGCCAGAAUUGUGGAAAAUAAUGAUUGGUUAGAAGAGGAAACUGGUAAUAUGGCACGUGAAGGGUUACGUACUUUGGUGGUCGGAAGAAAGAAACUUUCUCGUAAUAUCUAUGAUCAAUUUAAGAAGGAUUAUGAUGAUGCUUCGUUAUCUAUGGUUAACCGUGAUCAACAAAUGAACGCUGUUAUUACUAAAUAUUUAGAAUAUGAUCUUGAGUUGUUGGGUUUAACUGGUGUGGAAGAUAAAUUGCAAAAUGAUGUUAAAUCAUCAAUUGAAUUACUAAGAAAUGCCGGUAUUAAGAUUUGGAUGUUAACAGGUGAUAAAGUGGAAACUGCUCGAUGUGUUUCUAUAAGUGCAAAAUUGAUUUCAAGAGGACAAUAUGUGCAUAUCAUUACUAAAUUAACAAAACCAGAAGGUGCUUUAAAUCAGCUAGAAUACUUGAAAGUUAAUAAAGGGGCAUGUCUUCUAAUUGAUGGGGAAUCGUUAGGUAUGUUUCUAAGGUACUAUAAAAGGGAAUUUUUUGAUGUUGUCAUUUGCUUACCAACAGUCGUUGCAUGUCGUUGUACACCACAGCAGAAGGCGGAUGUUGCCUUAGUUAUUCGUGAAUUUACAGGUAAGAGAGUAUGUUGUAUUGGUGAUGGUGGUAAUGAUGUCAGUAUGAUUCAAUGCGCUGAUGUUGGUGUUGGUAUUGUUGGUAAAGAAGGGAAACAGGCGUCAUUAGCUGCAGAUUUUUCCAUUACAGAAUUUUGUCAUCUAACAGAAUUAUUAUUAUGGCAUGGUAGGAAUUCUUAUAAGAGGUCUGCCAAACUUGCUCAAUUUAUCAUGCAUAGAGGUUUAGUUAUUGCAAUUUGUCAAGCUGUUUAUUCGAUAUGUUCCAAAUUCGAACCUAUUGGAUUAUAUCAAGGGUUUUUAAUGGUUGGGUAUGCCACUUGUUAUACGAUGGCACCUGUGUUUUCCAUGACAUUAGAUCAUGAUAUUGAAGAAUCAUUGACAAAGAUUUAUCCUGAGUUAUAUAAGGACCUUACUGAGGGGAAAAGUCUUUCAUACAAGACUUUUUUCGUUUGGUGCGCCCUAUCAUUAUUCCAAGGUUGUGUCAUUCAAGGAUGUUCUCAAGUCUUUUCCAGUUUAUUAGAGGUUGAUUUUACUAAGAUGGUGGCCAUUGGAUUUACUGCAUUAAUCUUAAAUGAAUUAAUCAUGGUUGCCUUAGAAAUUUAUACGUGGAAUAAGAUUAUGGUUUUCACUGAGAUAUUAACAUUCUUAUGUUAUGUUAUCUCUGUUCCCUUCCUUGGGGAAUAUUUUGAUUUAAAAUAUAUGAUGACAUUAAGAUUUUAUGGUGAAUUAUUAUUUAUUCUCUUAGUUUCUGUUUUCCCCGUUUGGGCAGCCAAGGCCAUUCAUAGAAGAUUGCAUCCACCUAGUUAUGCCAAAGUGCAAGAAUUUUCCACUGUUUGA